AUGGUCGAAAGCGGAAGCUCCGAGUUAACACCUGGCAGUCAACGUUUCAACCUGAUCUCCAAGAGUGACAUUCGUUACGUCGGCACUCUCCACGAAAUCAACCCCGAUGCCUCGACGAUAGCUCUCGAGAACGUCAUGUCAUUUGGCAGUGAAGGGCGCCGUGGCAACCCUUCCACCGAGGUGCCGCCUUCUACCAGUGUUUACGAAUACAUUGUCUUCCGAGGAAGUGAUGUGAAGGACAUCAGUAUCGCUUCGGAGGAGCAAAAGGAGGCCCCGCAGCCAGAGGCCCCGCGGGUACCAGACGACCCAGCCAUCCUCGGAGUAAGUGACUUCGACCCUUUGGAACGACGAUACCAUCCCAUCACCACACAGCCUGGGCUCCGUGGAUUGAUCAAAUGA